CCAGCAAACUCCGAUGUAUUUCACGGCUUGGUCGGGUGAAAACUGCUGUAUCGAAAGGUGAAAAAAUGGCUCAUCAUCACUGUCACGGAGGGGAGGAUGGUCACGGCGGCCACCACCAUCAUGAUCACGGCGAGGACCCGGCGGUGAAGUUUAGUCUCUACACGAAGAUAGACACGGAGAGAGUGAUGUGUUGGAACGAGGCAGAGGAGGGGUCGGGGAGGACGGUGUUCACGGCAUGGGAGGACAGGAUGGACCGAGAUGAGAUGGUGGAGAGCGACGUCGACCCUGAGCUCCUGUUCCACAUACCUUUCACUGGAAGUGUCAAGUUGAAAGGUGUGGUUGUGAUUGGAGGAGAAGAUGAACAGCACCCAAAAGAGCUUCGACUGUUCAAGAACCGGCCUCCAAACGGGUUUGACCAGGUCCAGGGCCAGCCAGAGCAGACCAUCCAACUCAGUCAUGACUACACUGGAUCGGUGGAGUACCCCACAAUGGUUUCAAGAUUCAAUUCAGUGUCCAGUCUACUGAUGUACUUCCCUGUCAACUAUGGGGCAGAGACUUCCAUCAUCUACUACAUCGGACUCUACGGAGAAUACUCUGUGGCUCACAGACAUGGAGUUACUAUAGCAACCUACGAGGCCAGAGCCAACCCUGCAGACCACAAGAUCACCGAUCACACUCCGGCCGGCAGCUUCGUUUCUUGACCACACUAACACUCUUCCUAUAAUAAUUAUUAUAAUUAUAUGCGUGUAUGAUCAUAUUGAACACAUGAUAAUAACAGAUGAUCCUUGACGGAUCGUAGCAAUUCAGUAUAAUUAUACCUAAACUUCAGUACCAGUGUCUGUUGUUUGGGGCUCCGACUGUGACUCGUGACCUCUCACUGAUUCCUGUGUUACACAAAGGGAUAUACCGAUCAUAUCCAGAAGCUGUCCCAGACCAAAAAAACAAUUUGAUUUAUAGUGUACACAUGCAAAAACUUAAAGGAAGACACCUUCCAAAAUGAAUUCAGUAUCAUAAAAAAUUAAUUUUGUUAGGGAGGCAUUUUUACGAAGAAUCAACACUUUUCUCUACAAACGACAGUCUUCAAAAGCGUCCACUCAUCCCACUGGUAUAAUUAGACACAUACAACCGCUCUAGCGAGAGAAAGACAAAACCUGUUUGUCGAGUCCUCCGACCGGUCCAACCAGUCUGUCGGGUCCAGGUGGGGAGGGUUGGGAGUAGAGGGUGACCCUCUUCCCGGGGAUGUGUACUCGGCCGUCGUCCCCGAGGUAGGCUCCCUCCAUACCUCCAUCUCUCAGUCUCUCCCUCCCUUCCUCCGUCACUACCAGGUAACCUCUGUUCUCGGGGUUCAAGUAGUAGGCCAUCAGUUUCUUAUUGGGCAGAGCCCUCCUCGGUUGCAGCCUGUCCUCAAAUCUCCACGGUUUAAGGAGAACUCGCAGCCCGAGGGCAUUGUAGUGAGCUGUCGUUAUUUG